CCGGCUGCGCUGCGGACGACAGACGACGACGGCGUUGGUGGACGGCGAGCUGCUGCGCCGCGAGGUGAGGGCGGAGGGGCAACCGCGGCCGGAGAAGCCCAUGCUCGUCUACGCCGCCGUGUGGGACGCGAGUUACAUCGACGCGGGGAGGUGGACGGGGGGGCCUACGUCGGGUGCCCCCGUCCAUCUUUGAGAUACAGGACGUGAGGGUGCCAAUCGAGCGCGUCGUGGCGGAGGAGGAGGAAGAAGAAGACGAAUAAUGAUGGCAUCUUUGAGUUACUAUCGCCUACUGCAUCAAGAAAAGAUCAGAUCUGUGAAGUGGAGUUGCGAGCGAAUAAUUCGUCUUCUUCCAUCUGCUUCUUAAGGUCAGUUGAGAAUGUGAUCAUUGUUGUCAUCUUGAUGUCACCCUUUGCUAUUGUUCUGUUCCCUGCUAUGUGUAGCAAGCAAAAGAUCGGUGUGAGGGAAUCAGCAAGGAGUACAAGUCGUUCGAUGAAAUGCCUCUUCGAUGUGGUUCCAUGUGUGGUCAUACCAUGGCAAUGGCAAUCGCGUACUCAGCCAAUUCCAUCGUCUCCCCAAAACGUGCCAUCGACCACUGCAUCGUCUCUCUAAAACUGGCGAAACAUGAUUGUGGCAUCCCAAUGUGGCAAGGCAGGUUUGACGAUUCGCGGGAGGGCAAAAUGGCCCUAUCCGAACCUUUUUCGAGGGAUCGAUCUCCUCGCCUUUUCUGUUCAGGCACAGAUCCUCCCAUGUAUCACAAGUCCACUCCUGUGUGUGGCCCACGCCAACAGCGACCCCUCUGGGGCGACACUCGUACCAUGGGCCCCAUUCAAUGUCGCCAGAUCUACAGUGGCGUCAAUCACGACGCACUACCAACGGUCCUCGUGUUCUGGGCCCACCGGUGGGUGCUAUCGACCGCAGGCAUGGGUGAGGGGGAAUGACACGGUACGAGGCAACGCCCCCACGUUCUCUCCCGUCUCUGUCGUCGCUGUUUUCCUUCUUCGGCAUCCCCGAAGCUAACCCUCGAGCCCGAGAUGCGUGCUUUUGAUCGCACCCCAAGCGUGUCUUCGCCGUGGUGGUGGCGGCUGCAGUGGUGGAGAAAGGACUGUGAGCAGAGCGGAGGUAGAGGGUCUCGGCUACACCGGUAGAGAGGUGGCGGGAGUGGAGGAGGAGGAAACGAUGUUGGGGUCGGGGUUGAACCUGGUGACCACGGUGAUCGGGUUCGGGAUGAGUGCCACCUUCAUCGUGUUCGUGUGUACCCGCCUCCUCUGCCGCUGCAUCCGCUCCACCGACUCCCGCGCCACCCCGUUGGACCUCGAGCUCCGCUCCGAGGUUUACCAGUCAGAGCACACAAUCAGUGGCUUGGAGCCUGUUCUUGUUGCUGCUAUUCCUACAAUGAAGUACAAGUGUGAAGCUUUUUCUUCCGGAGAAGAUGCCCAGUGCUCGAUUUGCUUAGGUGAAUACAAGGAGAAAGAGGUUCUGCGUGUCAUGCCAUCUUGUCAUCAUAACUUCCAUCUAGUUUGUAUAGAUGUCUGGCUGCAGAAACAAACUACUUGUCCAAUUUGUCGAUUGCCACUAAAUGAGUCUCUUGAGGCAAACCAUGCUGCAUCCUCCUUACAUGAAGACCAAACCGAGGGCAACCACGAGGUUUCUGGUGAUCAGUACAACCGAUGGUCACUUCCCAGCGGACAACGUUCAGAACGCAUUGAGAAUUACGAUGAGAUCCAUCAAUCUGAAUCCAUGGCAAUUGAAGUUCCAUAGAGGACUGAGCACCUAGGACAUGGUCGUGAUGGGAAUCAAGGCUCACAUAUGUGAAUCCCAGUGUUUGUUCAACGAAAUUUUUUUCAUUUCAGCAGAUUUUUUCAUCUACAGAGACAGCAGAUGCCAUCUUUAUGGUUAAUGUGACCUGUGGCCGAAUCCAUUUGUGAGAUAAAAUAUGUUGAGGUUCUGCUGAAAUCCUAAGCAGAAUAAAUUUAUUGGUCAUCAGGUACACUCGUUCUUUUCAUGGGAAGGUGGAAAUUACAAAAUCCUGAUGAGCAACUGUGCAGUCCGCAAAGGUUUCGAGUUUAUGUUAUGUACAUUACUUUGAAAUUGUUUACAGUCAUUCCUUUGUUUUAUAUCUUUGUUUUUUCAGUGGUCUAAUGCUUAUCUGAAGAACCAAUUUAGGUGGUCCAAAUUCUUGGCGCGUUCAGUUCAGCUGCAUCCGUUAGACGACGAUCGGAGGCAUCGCGGAAGAAUUUCAUUUCUUCAAGUGUUCAGUUGUUGAUGAACCAUGUCGUUCAGGAAGAGUGAUCGAUGCAUUAUCGCAUGAGAUAACAAUUACUUAUGCCUGUUGGUGAGUAACGAGUCUCAUAUCAGACAUUCUGAAUGUUUCCACAGGUACUUACCGAUGUCCUUUUGUUGGAAUGCCAAUGAUGUAUCCCACCCAAUUAAUUCAUGUUCCUAUGCGUUGAAGCAUGUGGUUCUUUUAUUAUAAUGGAAUCUAUCGAAGUUGGCCUUCCAGGUGAACACAGGUGACAUGAUGUACAGUACUUCACCAACAAGCUUUUGUUAUCAUCAUUGUUUAACCAGUACUACAGGAAGAAAGCUUGCAGAAAUGCAUAGAUCUGGAAAAUUUAGUAAGGGCUUAUGAUGACAAAGUUGUUAUAUCAUAUUUUCCAAUACAAAUUGUUUUGUAUUUGUACAU